AUGUCGCUCACUUGUGCUGGUAUUGGCUCGCCAAUCGUGGCGUAUCUUGGUCCGAUCGCAUCGUAUUCGCAGCAGGCUGCGCUACAAGCAUUUGGCGAAGAUGUUUGGCAACUAAAACCUGUCGAUACUAUCCAAGAUAUCUUUGUCGAAGUGCAGAGCCAAUGCGCAACUUGGGGUGUUGUUCCCCUUGAGAAUUCUGCCAAUGGAGCCGUCGACUUGACCCUGAAUGGCCUUGCAGACUAUAAUCGAAGCUACGUCAACAUACAAGUCGGUGGUGAUACCUAUGUACCGGUGAACCACUAUCUACUCGGCCAUGACAGUCCCACUGUUCCGUCGGCCACAAGCCAGUCCUCAAAAGCUCAAGAACUACCGAUUGAUAGCUUCCAACACAUCCAAAAGGUUUAUUCGCACCCUCAAGCGCUGGGCCAAUGCAGCAAGUUUCUCGACAAAUAUCUAAAGAACGCCCAGCGCUUGGAGGUGAGCUCGACGAGUAAAGCUGCUGCAAUUGUCAGUAACGAUACAACCGGCAAGGUUGCCGCCAUUUCGAGUGAGCUAGCAAGCAAAGCCUUCAAGCUCGACGUGCUAGCCAAGUCGAUUCAAGAUCAAGAUGACAACACAACACGCUUCCUCAUAAUCAGUCGCAACGACACCUUGCCAGCAAAGUCCCCAACGCAGUUCAACGCGGAUUGCCAAUGCUCUGGCGGGCGGAAAACGUAUAAAGGAUUUCUUUCUUUCACUGUUUCUCGCGAAUCCUCACGUGCGCUGACGCAAGGGCUGUCUGCUUUUGCAGACUCGGAUAUCAGCAUCAUCGGAAUUCACAGCCGGCCAGGUAGAGUGUUGCCUUUUCAGUACAUAUAUUUGGUGGAAUUCGAGGUCAGAAACUCAGGAAACGGCGACAGAAGGAUUGGUGCGUUGAUGGAGAGGAUUGGCUCAGUUACUCAAGAUCACAGAUGGCUCGGAGGCUGGCAAGCCUGCCAUGAAAGUACUGGAGACAGCCACUAG